AAAGUGUAUAAAUUGCGUCUUCCUUUAUCUCUCUCUUUCUUUCUCUCUCUCAUUCAAUUGCUGUAUGCAUGAACAGAGUAAUUCAUGUUCGUUUGGACACACGCUCGCUCUUUGAUUUUGAUGGAUGUCGAAGGCCGCAGCUCCUGCAACAAAUAUGCUGAUUUGCGGUUAGGCGUGAGUCUGAUUUCAGUAUCUCAGACUCUCGGUGCUGUUUUGAUUUGAGAAGUUUGGAGUGUGAUUGAGAUGGAGACCGAAACGUACGAGUGGUGUUCCUCCUGUUUUAUCGGUGAUUUUGAGGAGUGACCGUUCCGGAAUCUGAUUUAACAUUCGUUGUGAUCCUACUUGAAAUAGGAAGUGAAAGUGUUUUGUUCGGAUUUCGGAUCUGGAAAGCGCCCCAGAGCUCAGUCACCGUGCGGUCUUCUCUGAUUUGAAAGCCUAGGGCUAAGAGGUCGUAUGUGGUGUGUGUCGUUUGCCUGCUGUGUGUAUGCAAUGUGCUGGUGAACAGUGUGAUUGGUACCAGCAAGAUUCAUCUCUUUCUCAUGCGUUUGGAUUCAUCUGGCUAACUCGGGCGAAAUUUCUGCAGAUCCGCCAAUGCUUGCUACAUAUUCGGAAUAUUCGUGGCAGAAAACUUUUAUCUACUUCGGUCAAUUAGUGGGAGCAAGGCGAAAUGCAACGGAGUGCUUUUGGACGUUUUCUUUUGUUGCAUAGAAGGGAGGACUACUUUUGUUGUGCAAAUUAGAGCAAAGUGUUUGCUGUUCGGAUUUCUCAAAAGAUUGGGUCGAGUUGUUGGUUAAAACGGUCUUGUCAGUUUUGAGAGGGACUGACCAUCACAGUUGAUUAAGGUGAAAAUGUCGGGUGUACACUAGCUGAGAGUAUACCUACGAUGGAGGGACAGAAUAUACACAAUAAUUCUAAAAUAAUGUUUUCUUCUUGUCAUUUCGUGUAGCAUGUAUGCCUUUAUUGGUUCUGGGUUUGUGUUGUUCUGAAAUCAAAAUAUAGCUGGACCUGGGGAGAAUUGGGUUUGCUCAGAGAGAGAAAGAAGGGGGGUUGUGGUUGUGUUUUAAGAAAUUUGUGGCCUAAUGAAUCGUGAGUUGAAGAGUGGAAAGCAAGAGGAUUCGGAUGUCACCGAGAAGGUGGUGGUAGCCGUGAAGGCGUCCAAGGAAAUUCCCAAGUCUGCUCUCGUUUGGGCUUUGACUCAUGUUGUUCAGCCUGGGGACUGCAUUACCCUGCUGGUGGUCGUCCCUUCACAAAGUUCAGGUAGGAAAUUAUGGGGAUUUCCAAGAUUUGCUGGAGAUUGUGCCAGUGGCCACCGUAAGUCUCAUUCUGGAACAAGUUCAGAGCAGAAGUCUGAUAUUACAGAUUCCUGCUCCCAGAUGAUCCUUCAGCUUCAUGAUGUUUGCGAUCCUAUCAAAAUAAAUGUCAAGAUAAAAAUAGUUUCUGGAUCGCCGUGUGGUGCAGUAGCUGCAGAGGCCAGGAAAGCUCUAGCCAGUUGGGUUAUACUGGACAAGCAGCUCAAGCAUGAAGAGAAGCGCUGUAUGGAAGAGCUGCAAUGCAACAUUGUUUCUAUGAAGCGCUCCCAGCCAAAAGUUCUGCGGCUAAACUUGGUUGGGUCACCCAAAAAGGAAGCUGAGACAGCACAUCCUUUGCCAUCUGAACUGGAUCAAUCAUCUGAGAAAAAACCUAGAAAAAAGAAUGACCCCGUGAAUUCCAUUCGAGGACCUGUGGUGACUCCGACUAGUAGUCCUGAGCUAUUUACUGCAACUGAAGCUGGCACGUCAUCAGUAUCAAGCUCAGAUCCUGGGACGACCUCACCCUUUUUUAUUUCUGAAAUAAAUGGGGAACUGAAGAAAGAGGAAUUGUUAGGUGUAAAAGAAACUCCUGAUCUUGAUGAAUCAAGUUCAGACACAGACAGCGGAAACUUAUCUUCAUCUUCAUCAAGUUUAAGGUUCCAACCAUGGAUGGUGGAAGUUCUUAGUUCGCGUCAUCAUUCCUCACAACUUUCAGAUGAAAGCUCACAAAGAACCAAUCCUAGGGCUCAAGCACCCACAACAAAUGCUAUGCUGGAGAAAUUAUCCAAGGUUGAUCGAGAAGCUGGAUUUGGAUUGCCAAGUUAUAGACCUGAUCUGGAGUUCAGUGGAAACUUGAGAGAAGCAAUUUCUUUAUCCAGGAGUGCUCCUCCUGGGCCACCUCCUUUGUGUUCAAUAUGUCAACACAAGUCACCCAUAUUUGGUAAACCCCCAAGGUGGUUCACCUAUGCUGAGCUGGAGCUUGCUACAGGUGGAUUUUCCCAUGCUAAUUUCUUGGCAGAAGGCGGGUUUGGUUCUGUCCACAGAGGUGUUCUGCCGGAUGGUCAGGCAGUUGCUGUCAAGCAACACAAAUUGGCUAGUUCACAGGGGGAUCAGGAAUUCUGCUCAGAAGUGGAAGUUCUCAGUUGUGCUCAGCACCGAAAUGUAGUUAUGUUAAUUGGAUUCUGUAUUGAGGACCGGAGAAGGCUGCUCGUUUAUGAAUACAUAUGUAACGGGUCGCUGGAUUCUCAUCUAUAUGGUCGUCAUCAAGAUCCAUUGGAAUGGUCUGCACGUCAAAAAAUUGCCGUGGGAUCUGCUCGAGGACUCCGGUAUCUUCACGAAGAAUGCAGAGUGGGUUGCAUUGUCCACCGGGACAUGCGGCCUAACAACAUCCUCCUCACCCAUGAUUUUGAGCCACUAGUUGGAGAUUUUGGCCUGGCAAGAUGGCAACCUGAUGGAGACACAGGAGUUGACACAAGGGUAAUUGGAACUUUCGGGUAUCUGGCUCCAGAAUAUGCUCAAAGUGGUCAGGUCACAGAGAAAGCUGAUGUUUAUUCUUUUGGGGUUGUUUUGGUGGAGCUUGUUACUGGAAGAAAAGCUGUGGACCUUAACCGGCCAAAGGGUCAGCAGUGCCUCACCGAAUGGGCACGCCCACUGCUGGAAGAGUGUGCCAUUGAUGAGCUGGUCGACCCACGGCUGGGAAGCAAUUAUAAUGAACAAGAGGUCUAUUGCAUGUUACAUGCUGCAUCCUUGUGUAUUCGUCGAGAUCCUCAUUCAAGGCCUCGGAUGUCACAGGUACUCCGAGUAUUGGAGGGGGACAUGAUCAUGGACUCAACUCAAUUAUCGACCCCCAAGUACGAUGUGGGUAGUCGAAGUGCGAGGAUUUGGCAGGAACAGCAGCAGCAGCAACACCAACACUAUAGCGGCCCAAUAUUAGGUGAAGCAUUAGAAGGAUUCAGCGGUAAGCUCUCUCUCGAGUCACCGAGGCUGCCUUACUGGGAAAGGGAUAAGGCCAGGAGGCCUUCUUGUGGGGAUGACUCGUGAAGAGCACUGCCCCACUACAAGCUGCACUGCCUAAUGGGCUCGAAGUAUCUCUUUUCCCUUCCUUUUUGGUUAAUUUCCUGUUCACUUCAUUUUUGUCUAAUGAAAUCUGGAUUUUAGUUGUGUAUAAUAAGUAGUAUAUGGGGAAUUAAAAAUAUGUAGGGGUUUUGUUGUC